AUGAAAGCUCGUCGCUGUCCCUCUCCACCACGAUCACCGUCAGCAGAGCCCAAGCGGCGGCUGGAGGGCAUCGAGUUCUUCCCCUAUGGCUCCAGGAUUGAGUUUGUCUGCAGGCCAGGCUAUGUGAGAAAUGCUCACGUUCCAAACGUCCUCACCUGUGGAGUGAGCGGGCUGUGGCGUGGAUCCAAUGACAUCUGCAUACCCAAGGCGUGCAGCUACCCCGGGGAGCCGGUUAAUGGCAGACUGGUCCUGCCUGAAGCGUUCACCUUUGGUACCAAAGUGAACUUCACCUGCAACACUGGGUACAGGCUGAUUGGAGACUCUGAGAUUGAAUGUGUGUUCAGAAAUGAGGUUCUUACCUGGGACAGAGAAAUUCCCAUUUGUCAGGCAAUUCCCUGUGCACCCCCUCCAGAAAUAGCAAAUGGGCAGCACAAUGGGAUGGACAAGGAGUAUUUUCAGUAUGGGGACUCUGUCACCUACCAGUGCCACAAGCCCAGGAUGGGAGAGAGACCUUUCUCCUUGCUGGGAGAGGCCUCCAUUUUCUGCACAAGCAAGGACAACCUGAACGGUGUGUGGAGCAGCCCAGCUCCAGAAUGCAAAGUGGUGACCUGCAAGCAGCCAAGAGUGGAGAAUGGGAAGCUGCUGAGUGGAUACCAGCCUGACUACAGCUUUGGGGACACGGUGGUGUUCAACUGUAACCUGCACUACAGCCUCAGUGGCAGCGAGGCCUCCACCUGCAAGGACAACGGCCUCUGGGAGCCCCCCCUGCCCCUCUGCCAGCGCAGCAGCUGUGAUGACCCCCCAGAUGUGAGGAAUGCUCUGAAAACCAGGCUGGCUGGCAACCUGUUCCCUGUGGACACCGUGGUCACCUACGAGUGCCAGCAGGGCCACCAGUUCAGAGGAGGGCAAACCGCCUGGAACAUCAGCUGCCUGCAGGGUUUUGUGUGGAGUGAAGUCCCACCUCCAUGUGAAAAACUACAUUGCCCGAAGCCAAAUGUCCCUCAUGGAAAGGAGGUUUAUAAAAGCAGCAGUGGCUACUCAGUGGGGACCCGGGUGAGGCUGGCCUGUGAGGAGGGCUUUGCCCUCAGGGGCUCUGAAUCCAUCACCUGUGGGGCUGAUCUGAGCUGGGAGCCCCAGGUGCCCUUCUGUGACAAAGCCUUUGGGCAGCACUCUGGCAGAGGUGGCAGGGAGUUCUUCUAUGGCUCCAAGGUGACCUACAGCUGUGCAGAGGGGCUGUCCCUGGUGGGGGACGAGUCCCUCUACUGCACCUCAGACGAUGGCAAGAGCCUGGCGUGGAGUGGACCUGCCCCGGAGUGCAGGGCGGUUCGGUGCCCCAAGCCCGUGGUGGAGAGGGGAAGGAUGAGCCCACAGGUGUUCACCUUUCCCUAUGGGCUGCUCCUGCACUUCUCCUGUGAGGAAGGCUUCAGGCUGCGUGGUGCUGCCCAGAGCCAGUGCCUGGCUGAUGGCACCUGGGACCCGCCCGUGCCCACCUGCCAGCCAGUUCGGUGCUCCAGGCUUGCCAGGCAGGAUGACGUGGUGAUUAACUUCAACAAGAUGUGGUAUGAGGUGAAUGAAACUGUGAACUUCUACUGCCGACAUCAGUCUCAAUGUCCCAUCCCUUCCAUCGCACACGGGCAGCUGAGCUCUGCAGAGAACUUCACCUUUGGCAGCACAGCCACACUGCAGUGUGACCCCGGCUUCGUGGGCACUGCCAGCACUGCACGCUGCACACACAGCGGCCGGUGGUACCCACGGGUGCCCUCCUGCAUCCCAGGGCAGUGUCGCCACCCUCCCUCUGUGGAGUUCGCCGAUUUCCAGCCCCGCCGGGAGUUCCCUGUUGGCACCACGCUGUCCUACUCGUGCCGAGCCGGCUUCUCCCUGGUCCCUGGGGUGUCCCCAACCAUCACCUGUCUCCAGAACUUCACGUGGUCCGCGGUGCCCAGGAUGUGCCAGAACUCCUCAUCAUUUUUCCCCCUCAUUGGGGUUGCCUGUGAAUACAAUACUCACAUCCUUCUGCCUUCCAAGAGCAGCUCUUGUUAUCCUGUAAUUGCCAUCCCUGAGCCUGCCAGCUCUGCUUUGAGGUGCCUGGCAGCGCUGCCUGGCAGCUCGGCUGGGAAUGGCUCUGUGCCAACCUCUCCUCUCUGCUGCUGCUGUCCCCCAGAGGUGCAGUGUCCCAGCCCAGCCAUCCCCCACGGGACAGAGACCAGCCCCAGCAGAGCCGAGUACACCUUUGGGCAGCAGGUGGAGUUCCAGUGCGACCAUGGCUUCAUGCUCCGGGGCAGUGACAGGGUGCAGUGCUCCUCUGAUGGGAUAUGGAGACCCCCCGUGCCCUACUGUGACAGGGUCUGUGGUCCCCCUCCCAAAAUCACCAACGGGCAGCACUCUGGCAUGGGGUUCACACAGUUCACCUACGGCUCUGAAGUGAAGUACAGCUGUGCAGAGGGGCUGUCCCUCAUCGGGAACAAAUCCCUCUACUGCACCUCCGAGGAUGGGGAGAACCUGACCUGGAGUGGGCGUGCCCCGGAGUGCAGGGCGGUUCGGUGCCCCAAGCCCGUGGUGGAGAGGGGAAGGAUGAGCCCACAGGUGUUCACCUUUCCCUAUGGGCUGCUCCUGCACUUCUCCUGUGAGGAAGGCUUCAGGCUGCGUGGUGCUGCCCAGAGCCAGUGCCUGGCUGAUGGCACCUGGGACCCGCCCGUGCCCACCUGCCAGCCAGUCCUGUGUCCACCACCACAAGUGCCCUUUGGAAAGCUGAAAAGCCCUUUGGGUGAGCAAAGGUGGUACCAGACCGACGAGACUGUCACCUUGGAGUGCCUUCCUGGCUACCAGUUUCCAGACAAUGGAAUGAUGGAAAAUGCCUGGACAGCCACGUGCUUGCCUGAUGGCAGCUGGACACCACUGCCCAAGUGUAUGAAGGAAGGUGAUGCUGAUGUGUGUCAAGAGGUUCAUUACAUUAAAUCGACCUUUGAAUGCGGUAUGCCUGUGGAAAAAGUGAAAAGUCUGCUGGAAAUCCAGAAACUGUUCCUGGAGAUUAAAAAACUAGAGAUGGAACUAGAAAACUGAAAGGAAACUGGACCCCUGUAACGCUCACCUUUCCUUUAGUGAACUCACAGUUUGUGCAGUCCCAGCAUCUCUAAAAAGGUUCAGGGUGAUUUUGUGGUUUAUGUUUGCAUGCCUGGAGCCAGAAAAAUAAUCACCAGCUCAUGGGAGGCUGCUUUUGCUGUGCUGGAUGCCAGAGCAGGGAGUGGGUUUUGCUCUAACCUACGAGCUUGAUUUUCUCUUUAACUAAUAAGUUGUUUCAUAUUAGGAAGAAUAGAAAGAAAUUAAAUGUAGCUUUUUAAAAUCACUGUCUUAACUGUGGUAAGCUGAGGCAAAAGGGAGUGAAGUCCAGAAAAGCUGAGAUGAGUCCAGAGUUGGCUCUGAAGGUUCUGCUGCCAUGGUUUGGGUACAUUUGGGUACAUGGUUUCUGCUGCUGAGGUUUGGGUACAUUUGCACCCUGCUGGAAACAAUGGUGGCAAUAAGUUU